UUCUCAGGUCUUUCCUCAGGCGCUUCACCACCAGACCAGUCGUCUCCAAUCCGCGUCCCAUCAUGUCCAUCACUCUCAACGACGGCACCAAGAUCCCUAGCCUGGGGUUCGGCACUGGCACUGCGCUAUACGCGAAGGACGCGGAGGACACAGUCCGCCAGGCCAUCCAGACCGGCGUCGUUCACCUCGAUGUCCUCGGCGCCGGCAUCGUCUCCUCGGGGAAGCCUCGCUCGUCGCUCUACAUCACGACCAAGCUUAACUCUCUGAAGAAGCUGCAGACGGAAUACGUCGACCUCUUCCUUGUCCACUUCCCGAACAACCACGAAACGCCUCUCCCUGAGAUCUGGGCGCAGUUCGAGGAGAUCCAAAAGGAGGGCUUGGCGAAGUCGAUAGGUGUCUCCAACUUCCGCGUGAAGGAUUUCGAGGAGAUCCUGCCCACGGCGAAGGUCAUCCCGGCGGUGAACCAGAUCGAGUACCAUCCUUACGUCUACAAGGCCGAUCAGCCUGUGAUCGAGUUCAUGAAGAAGUACAACAUCACCCCGAGUCAUACGGGUGGUCCAGUCGACCCGGUGCUCAAGUCUGCCGCCGCACGGCUCAGCAAGGAGGCGGGCACGACGGUCACGGAAGGACAGGUCUUGCAGCUCUGGUUGAAAGCGAAGGGCGUCGUCACCAUCACAACGAGUUCGAAAGCGUCCCGUGUCAAGGAGUACCUGGCUGCGGAGGCGCUUCCUGGCCUCACUCCUGAGGAGAUCAAGGCUAUCGAUACGGAGGGCUCGAAGGUUCACCACCGUGUCUUCGUGAGUGUCUUGGUCCGCAGUCAUGAUGUUCAUAGUACGCUCAUGCGCAAUAUAGGCCACGUUCUUCGACUCGUGAAGGAUCUACGGAAGGGAAGUAUCGCUGAAGAUUUGUACGCUAGCUAUCAUGUAUCAUCAACGAGUCGAAUGAUAGAUGACAUCGCCUCACUGUCCGUUCGCCCGUUUUGUGUGCGAGUUUCUUGACAGCUGUCC